AAUGGCAUUCUUGACGCUCUACAAAGGCAGCGCUGCGAUUACGUAACGGUGAGCACACGACUGGCUGUGGUGAUGAGACUUUCGUGUGCAACCGAUCGGGCAGAAAGUGUGAGUAAAAUGAGCAAGACGAUCAAAGCGAAAAGUGGAUGCGCCCGUCAAGCACAAACACUACUCCUCUUACUCGUCCCCCUCCACCUCCCUUCGCUACAGUCGACCCGCGCCGCUGGUCUCGUGACUGCGCGCUUCUCGACAGACACAACAGCCCUGACAACCGAAACCGGUUGGACCCAUCUUUUUAGAACUUAG